GAUCAUCCUGUAAGCUGUGACAAUGGUGUUAAAUUUGCUUGUUUUCGUGUCAAUUAUUUAUUGUACUAGUGCAUAUGUUACGGUUACUGUCUAUGAAGAAGGCCAAGAUACUUUAAGCCAAAAAUUCAGCCACUGUGAGUACCACGAUUGCAACAAUUUCUGCGAACGUCUAGGGUACCAAAGCGGUACAUGUGUGGACGGCCACUGCAAAUGUAAUUACAAACAGGCCGACGAUGCUAUAAUAUUAAAGGCAUGCUCCCCCGCAACAUGUAAUCAGAUGUGUCAACGCAUGGGAUUCCCUGGUGGUGAUUGUAUAAAUAAUAAUAGAUGCGAAUGUCAAAAAUUCGUCGACAAACCUGAGACCGAUUCAUCAAGUCUACGUAGUUGCAAUUUACGGGCAUGCGAGCAACUUUGUAGACGGCUUGGAUUCCCAAGUGGUGCGUGUGUAGAUGACAGAUGCAAGUGCGACAACUUCCUCGUAUCGAAAAACAUUGCAGAUAUUGAAAAUAAUAAUGAUGUAUCGUUCGACACCGGAGAUAUGGAUGUAAAUCCACUGCGUAGUUGCAAUUUACGGGCAUGCGAGCAACUUUGUAGGCGGCUUGGAUUCCCAGGUGGUGCGUGUGUAGGUGACAGAUGCAAGUGCGACAACUUCCUCGAAUCGGAAAACAUUGCAGAUAUUGAAAAUAAUAAUGAUGUAUCGUUCGACACCGGAGAUAUGGAUGUAAAUCCACUGCGUAGUUGCAAUUUACGGGCAUGCGAGCAACUUUGUAGGCGGCUUGGAUUCCCAGGUGGUGCGUGUGUAGGUGACAAAUGCAAGUGCGACAACUUCCUCGAAUUGGAAAACAUUGCAGAUAUUGAAAAUAAUAAUGAUGUAUCGUUCGACACCGGAAAUAUGGAUGUAAAUCCAUUGCGUAGUUGCAAUUUACGGGCAUGCGAGCAACUUUGUAGGCGGCUUGGAUUCCCAGGUGGUGCGUGUGUAGGUGACAGAUGCAAGUGCGACAACUUCUUCGAAUCGGAAAACAUUGCAGAUACUGAAAAUAAAAACGAUGUAUCCUUGGACGCCGGAGAUAUGGACGUAAAUCCACUGCGUAGAUGCCAUUUACAGGCAUGUGAGCAACUCUGUAGACGACUUGGUUUUCAUGGUGUUUGUGUGGGUGACAGGUGCAAGUGCGACAAUUUCCGAACCUCUAAAGAUGAGUACUCUGAGGAUGCAAGUACCCUACGUGAUUGCAAUUAUCAGGAAUGUGACCAAAGAUGUCGUCGUCUAGGAUUCCCAGGAGGUGCAUGUGUAGGAAGCAGAUGCAAAUGUGAUAAUUUCCGUAGUACGCAGUUUAUCAGAGGUCUGGAUUCAGCUAAAAUCAAUACUGAAUAUCGCAGUUGUAAUUACCGUGAGUGCGACAGACGUUGCCGUCGCCUGAAAUUUCCCGGCGGGGCUUGCGUAAAUAACCGAUGCAAAUGCGACAAUUUCCUACAACUGUUGAGCAAUGAAGAAUCUUCAGCAACCAAUACCACAUACAAUCCACUUGAGAAUGACGUGAAAUGUGACUCAACACAGUGUAAAACGAGUUGCAGUGAGCGUGGUCUACACAAUGGCAUUUGUAUUGAGAGGGAAUGUUACUGUGACAUGGAAGAUGCAGAGACAUCUUCACUACCUUGUGAACCACAUGCUUGCAACGUCACUUGUCAGGUUAUGAAGCGUCUUGGUGGAUUUUGCUUACUUGGAAAGUGUAUUUGCUAUUAAUACCUAUAUAAAUAUACUUCAUACUAACUGCGCUGAUCAACCACCAAUCAAACCAAAGUGAUUCGGCCUGACGCUACUCUGUUACCACUUGAAGCACGCCCUUUUCUAUGGCGUCUUUCCAAUGAUUUCUGGGCUAGUCAGUAUUACACGAUAUAAUGAUACUACGAUCUUCCCUCAUUCUCUCAAGAUGGCUUGAUUAGCGGAGUCCUUGUAUCUUCAUCCAAGAUUUUGGGUUCACCAAUAUCAUGUACUUAUCUAUAUUUUAUAAUCUACAUUAAAAACAUUUUAUAACA